GUCUAAAUCUGAGGUGGAAUAAAAGCGAACGAAAAUGUGAAGAGUGAGGCGAACUUCUUAUCUGUGAUUGCGCAUAUGGAAAUAAGUAUUUUUUCGCCGUUGUGUUGAGCUCCUCGCGUCUCGGUGCAGGCUGUGUAUUGAUUUGGGGACCAGUGAGACGCGCCGGGCUGCAGCGUGCGCGCGGAUCUGUGCGCAGCUCACGGUGCUACCAGUUGCUCUCCAGCCGACCAACUUUGGUUUCACCGAGGGGACAUUAUCGGCUCCGGAUCUAUUGAAACCCGCGUCGGGCUGGAUUAACCUUGUAAAUAAUAAUAAUAACAAUAUGAAUCAGCUGUGUAUUGUCUAACGCGGCUCGGUGGCCGUUGAUAUGUGAGAUGGUUUUGAGAUCUUUUUUACUUGCGGGGGGAGGCGGGUGGGAGUGUGCAGGCUGAUUUCUGGGGUAUUGGGCUGUUACCCCACGAUUCCUGUGAUUCCCGCGUCCGUCAGCAGGUGAUUAAAAAAUAAAAGAUCCUCCCAAAGGCCAUUAACCAUUUUCACGUUGGCUGGCGGAUAGAGGGUAACGCAAAUAAAUAGAUUAUUUUAAUUAUUAUUAAUUAAAAAAAAAAGUUUUUUAGUAUUCGAGUAUUAUAAGCGAGGGAUUUGUGAGUUAAAGACACAAACACCAACUAGACGCCGUGCGUAAUUUGGGCGACUGGAGUUGUAUUUAUUCGUAAUCCGUCUGUUAUUUAUUUAUUCAUUUACGAGGCGGAUUGAUAACUGCUUUGACCCUUGGCCCCUGCCGCGCACCAUCAUCGCAGCGCGCACAUCCUGUUGCAGAGGCAGCACACAAAGGAGCGAGGAGGUUUGAAAAGAGGUUGGUUAAAAGAGGAGUAACUGAUGGGGGGAUGACAGAGAGAGUAAACGGGGGCCCCGGUGUCCCAGUGUCAUUGUAAAGACUAAUCCUCUACAAUCCGAAAUCCCCUCCACAAUGACAGAAACACAUAAUAACAAUAACAUAUAUAUUAUUCGACUAACUUUUCGAUCGAUACUUUAAUUUACGCCGUUACAUUAUUAUUUUUUAUUCAAUCAUGUGUUUAUUUAACAACACCCUUGGGUUAAACAGACAUCCGGAAAUACGGCUCAACCCAUUAAAAGUCUUAAAACUUCCAAUAGUAAAUGUGCCACAAUCCCAUUUAUUUAUUUACAACAUUACUCCUUAACUUUUUUGAUUUUAGCUAAAUAAGCUGCUCCUUUUUCGGAUUUGUCAAGUGACACAAAUGUCUUUAUUAAAAGAGGCCAACGUGCGUCAUAGUUCAUUGUUUAUUUAGUUUGUUGAUUUGUUUUCUGGUGGGACAGCUUCCCCGGCCCUUACCGCCGUGUAGCUGUCCAGGUGUCAUUACAUCGUGUUCUUCCGUUGCCUUAAGCCUCGUGGCCCAGACGACACGUUUAUUGACCUCUGUGAUGUCCCGUUAAGACGCAUGGAUCUGUCCAAGUGAUCCCGCUCCCUCGGGCCCUAAACGGAGAGCCAUAACACGCUAAGCCCCAAUUAAAAUAAAAAAAAACGGCGAAGGAUGAUAGAAUGAUUAAAUCGUUAGUCUCGCCGCGGGAUGUAGUAUUUCGUUUUCCCUUUCAAUUAGAGGUUGAUUGGGCUUUUCAUGGGAGGUCAGCUGUGCGGAAUCCGGAUUAUAUAUGCGAGGGCUGGAGGACGCGUGCAAUCGGCUCCCUCGCACGGUUUCCAUCGGGUUGCUCGGGUGUAAAAAUGACGGAAGCAAAGUGCACCGGCCACGUUAAAAGUCCACUGCCGAAGGCGGCAUCGGAGCGGCUUCCACGCGGUCUGGUUUAGCUGCGGGCGCACGCAGGCUCAGGCAGGAAUCGUCCCCCGCCGCCAGCAGACGGCGAUGUCCACGCUUUGACCCGGCAAAUUCCACGUCAUCACUUGCUCAGGGACUUGGACCGUCGUUUUCUUUUCUUUUUUUUUAACCAAAUUUUUGUCAUGGCAUCCUGACACCUACUUUUACUACAUGGUCUUCUGAAAGAAUGGAUUUUGAGUUGUCGGUUGAGCGUGAAGUGGUCUGAUAUUGUUGGGUUUGGGUAGUCUGUAGUUCCAGUGUACAAGUUGGGAGUUGGGUUUGGGCUUCUAGGACGCACGAUGGAUGUGAGACUAAACUUGGAAGGAAAUGUUCUGAAGUUUAAGCACGAAUAAAGAAACUUUACCCCAACUUUUGUUGACGCUGAUCGUAAAAGCUGCUGCAGGCUGCGUCUCCAUGUCUAUUGAAGCCAUAGCGGUUCUUUGAAAUAUAUUUAGAUGUUUGACUCAUGGUGCUCAAAGACUCUACCCCUCCACAUCCCUGCUAACAAAUCGUAGUUAUUUUUGUUUAGCUGAUGUCUCUGAGAGCGUUUGGAAAUUUCAAAUGCCUUGUGCUAUUUGUGGGAUUGGCCCUCAUUUCUGCCUCCUCCUCCUUCUCCUCCUCCUCCUCCUCCUCCUCCGGUGUGUUCUCCCUCUAUGGUCCUCUAGUCACCUGACCAAACGCCAUGCAAAUCACUCUGCUGUUAGAGCCCCAUUGGCCGCUUGUGGCUCAUUUAACCGCUGUCAGUGCGCAUCAUAUGGCCGCCGCUUUAACCAACUUCUUAACUCCGACAGGGAAAGUGGCUCCAAUGCGCAUUCUAUCACAGUGGAUGUGAACCAACCCAGACGACGACAGUGCGAAAUACUGGUUGGAGAACAUUUUAUAUCCCUUUUCGGAAUAUUUUUCGUCUCGUGUUUAAAUCUUUGGGGCUAAGAAUAUCAAUUCUGUACCCAGCCUGUGCGCGCCCGAUCUCGUGCGCACCUAUCUUGAAAUAGACUUUUUCUCUGUUGGUGGCGAAGUUUAAAACCAGGUGAAUGUAUAGCAUGAUGAUGGAAACUGACCUGCAUUCCCCUGGCCCCCAAACGAACACGGCCACGGGGCAAACGGGGCCAAAUAGCGGGUCCAAAGCGAAUCAGGAGCGGGUGAAGAGACCGAUGAACGCGUUCAUGGUGUGGUCCCGUGGGCAGCGGAGGAAGAUGGCCCAAGAGAACCCCAAAAUGCACAACUCUGAGAUCAGCAAACGGCUGGGCGCCGAGUGGAAGGUGAUGUCCGAGGCUGAAAAGCGCCCCUUCAUCGACGAGGCGAAACGGUUGCGAGCCAUGCACAUGAAGGAGCAUCCGGAUUACAAGUACCGGCCAAGAAGGAAGACCAAGACGCUGCUGAAAAAGGACAAAUAUUCCCUUGCCGGUGGACUGCUUUCCGGGCCCGGCGGAGGUGGUGGAGUUGGUUUAGGAGUCGGAAUGAGUUCAUCCGGAGUUGGGCAGAGGUUGGAGAGCCCCGGGGGUCACGGAGGCUCCGCCGGCUCCGGCUACGCGCACAUGAACGGCUGGGCGAACGGCGCGUACUCGGGGCAGGUGGCCGCCGCUGCGGCUGCCGCGGCGAUGAUGCAGGAGGCGCAGCUCGCCUACAGCCAGCACCCGGGGAGCGGAGCGCACCACCACCACCACUCGCACCACCAUCACUCACACAACCCGCAGCCCAUGCACCGCUACGACAUGACAGCGCUGCAGUACAGCCCCAUCUCAAACUCUCAGAGCUACAUGAACGCUUCUCCAUCCGGCUACGGCGGGAUCACCUACACACAGCACCAGGGCUCCGGCGUCACUUCCUCAGCCACCAUGGGGACGUUAGGGUCGCUGGUGAAGUCGGAGCCGAGUAUUUCUCCGUUGCUGGAAUAACAUCAGCACUGGGACUUUUUGUCAAGAGCAAACUGUCCAUCAUGGCUAUCACCAGUGGACAUGGAUCACUGAGGGGCCUGUGAUUAACAGAUAGCACCUCGUCUCCUCUGCUGGCAGGCCAUCAUUAUGACGAGCACUAGAACAUAGGUGCUGCGGGCGAACAGACCUUUAGGAAAAUGUCAGCGACAGUCAGAGCCACAAAUUCCCUUCAAUCACUCUUCCCCAUGUGAUAAUAACUCCCCUUAACCCCCUUAAUUACGCAACUUUGAUUUUAUUUUAUCUUUAUGUUGUGUUGGGUCAGCCGGGAAAAUCAUCACCAAAAAAA